CCUCCGCGGCGGCGGGCGCCGGGCGCCAUCUUGGUCGGCGGCGCGGAUUGAAUGAGCCCGCCGAGCCGCGGCCGCCGUUCCGAGCCGCGCGGGCCCCGAGCCGUCGCCGCCGCCGCCGCCGCUGCCGCCGCCGCCGCCGCCGCCGCCAUGGGCACGCCGCUGCCCGGCCGCGCGGGCGGACCCGCCACGCCGCUGUCGCCCACGCGCUUGUCGCGGCUGCAGGAGAAGGAGGAGCUGCGCGAGCUCAAUGACCGCCUGGCGCACUACAUCGACCGCGUCCGCGCGCUCGAGCUCGAGAACGACCGGCUCCUGCUCAAGAUCUCCGAGAGGGAGGAGGUGACCACGCGCGAGGUGAGCGGCCUCAAGACGCUGUACGAGUCGGAGCUGGCCGACGCCCGCAGGGUGCUGGACGAGACGGCCCGAGAGCGGGCCCGGCUGCAGAUCGAGCUGGGGAAGGUGAGGGCCGAGCUGGAAGAGACGAACAAAAGCUCCAAGAAGAGGGAGGGCGAGCUCACGGUGGCCCAGGGCCGUGUGAAGGAUCUGGAGUCCCUGUUCCACCGGAGCGAGGCAGAGCUGGCCGCCGCCCUCAGCGACAAGAGGGGCCUUGAGAGCAGUGUGGCGGAGCUGCGGGCCCAGCUGGCUAAGGCGGAGGACGGUCACGCGGUGGCCAAAAAGCAGCUGGAGAAGGAGACGCUGAUGCGCGUGGACCUGGAGAACCGCUGCCAGAGCCUGCAGGAGGAACUCGACUUCCGGAAGAACGUCUUUGAGGAGGAGGUGCGGGAGACGCGGCGGCGGCAUGAGCGCCGCCUGGUGGAGGUGGACAGCAGCCGGCAGCAGGAGUACGACUUCAAGAUGGCCCAGGCGCUGGAGGAGCUGCGCAGCCAGCACGACGAACAAGUGCGGCUGUACAAGCUGGAGCUGGAGCAGACCUACCAGGCCAAGCUGGACAGCGCCAAGCUGAGCUCUGACCAGAACGAUAAGGCCGCCAGCGCCGCGCGGGAGGAGCUGAAGGAAGCGCGCAUGCGGGUCGAGUCCCUCAGCUACCAGCUGUCCGGCCUCCAGAAGCAGGCCGGUGCCGCGGAGGAGCGGAUUCGCGAGCUGGAGGAGACCAUGGCCGGGGAGCGGGACAAGUUCCGCAAGAUGCUGGAUGCCAAGGAACAGGAGAUGACAGAGAUGCGCGACGUGAUGCAGCAGCAGCUGGCCGAGUACCAGGAGCUGCUCGAUGUCAAGCUGGCCCUGGACAUGGAGAUCAGCGCCUACCGCAAGCUCCUGGAGGGCGAGGAGGAGAGGCUGAAGCUGACCCCCAGCCCGUCGUCGCGGAUCACUGUGUCGAGGGCCACGUCGAGCGGCAGCGGCAGCGGCGUGGCGGCGGCCGGGCGCACGGGCCGCGGCAAGCGGAAGCGGCUGGAGGUGGAGGAGUCGCCGGGCUCGAGCGGCAUCGGCUCCGGCGGCGGCGGCGGCGGCGGCAGCGGCUUCCACCUGGCGCAGCAGGCGUCGGCCACGGGCGGCGUGGGCAUCGAGGAGGUCGACCUGGAGGGCAGGUUUGUGCAGCUGAGGAACAGCUCGGACAAGGACCAGUCUCUGGGUAACUGGAGGAUCAAGAGGCAGGUCCUGGAGGGGGAGGAGAUUGCCUACAAGUUUACGCCCAAGUACGUGCUGCGCGCCGGCCAGACCGUCACGGUGUGGGCAGCUGGUGCAGGAGUGGCCCACAGUCCCCCCUCGACACUUGUGUGGAGGAGCCAGAACAGCUGGAGCACAGGCGACAGCUUCCGGACCGUCCUGGUCAACGCGGAUGGGGAGGAGGUGGCCAUGAGAACCGUGAAGCAGUCCUCAGUGGUGCGGGAGACGGAGAACGGGGAGGAGGGAGAAGAGGAGGGAGCCGAGUUCGGCGAGGAGGAUCUUUUCCAUCAACAGGGGGACCCGAGGACCACCUCGAGAGGCUGCCGCGUCAUGUGAACGGAACUCGCCUCACCGUGUCUUUGCCCAGAGCCACUGAAAACUAUUUUUAUAUCAUUGGCCGUCUUUAGUCCUUGAUACAUUUCUAGAGAAUUUUUAAGCAAACUGCCAGAACGUGGGGGCGGGUCUGUGCCAUCUUGGCUGUCGGUGGGCUUCCUCGGACCCUCCCUUCAUCGCCACUGUCUGGACCUGGUUUUUUUUUUUUGGUGCCGCAUUUCACCAUUUGGCUGAGUUCGAGGAGGCCGAGGAACCUAAUAGCUGCCGGGGGCGGGGUUUGGAGGCUGGAGGGCCUGGCGGGGGUGCAGGGGCCCGACUCUCUCCCUGCCUCUGUCUCUCCCUCGGACGGAGCGGGGCUGGCCUCUCCUCUCGGGACCAACCCGUGGGCCUUAAGUGGGCGGAGGGCAAAAAUGCCCGGGAGUUUCGUUGUUUGUUAAGCUCUUUAAAAACCAAAUCCAGAGCCCAGGCUGUGACCUGGCGGGGGGCCCGCGCCCCCCCUGUGGAAUUUUGGCGGCUGGGCCGGAGACCAGAGCGUUGGGAGCGGGUGGUGUGGACGAGGCUCUGCUCUGACUCCACUGGAGCGUGUGUGCGGCUGCAGGCCGGGUGUCUGUGCACGUGUCGGGGGCUCUGCGGAGAGCCCCCCUCCCUUCCUGGCUGUCGGGCCCUGGGGUUCUGGAGCUUUCUGUACUUGAGUUCCUCGGCUUGCGGGACCAGCGGGGCAGGAGACCCGGAAACCUAGGGGACAGGGACAGCUCCGUUUGGAGACUUGUCACCAGGUAAAUGGCAAGGGCACAGGCGGGGUAGCCUCGCCGGCGAGUGUCCACGUGUGACAGCUGCUUCCCGGGCCUCUGAGAGGAGAGCCGCCUCGGGGUGAGACCCGGCCCCCUUCUCCAACUCUGUGCCUUGUGCACGGGGCUGAGUGCGGGUCCCCACCGGCCCCUGUGUGCUCGCGUGUCCCGCUGUCCUGGCUUCUGUGGGCGACUUCCUUCUCUGACGGCCGUGCUGGUGCCGGCCGAUUCCUGCAGGGCGGCUCCCGGUCACCUCGCCCGGCCCCCCCUCUGCACUCGCUGACCGUUCAUACCCCCUCCCACAUAGAUACACAGAAGUUAUUUUUUUAAUGGAUAUUUAUUUUUUUACAUUGGUCAGUGCUCAGAUUGCCGGAUCCCACUUCAGGGCUCGAGCCAGGGUCACUGGGACAGUCCCCCGAGGGGGUGGAGUUGCCGGGGGGCGGGGGGGGGGUGGCCAGCUCGGUGGACGCUGAGGCCGCAGACGGCAAAUUCCUUCAGAAAGCGCAGCUCAAGUCUUAAAGACGAAAUACUGAGCCAUGGAGGCACGCUGCCCCAAAAGGUAGCACGUUUACCAAGCUGGCCCCUCCCACUCGCCCCAGGCAGGGAGCCCCGGCAUGCGGUCCCUGUGGUCCCCACCGGUCUCCCUUUCCUUGGAAACUGCCUGUGGCCAGAGGGUUAGAGACUUGUAGGCUAGCGAACAGUCUGCUGCAUCUAGGGUCGGCUUUAGGUCAGGUACUUUGCGUGGCCACCAGAGUCCCCAGGAUGUGAACUUGGUUUUUCUCGUGAAGGGAAAUGUCUCACCGCUACCCCUCCCCCGUCUCUGGUGGGUCCUGGGGUGGGGGGGGGGGAGGGCUCACCUGCCACGAUGAUGCACCAGCCUCCACCCCACACGUGACCUUCCCCACGAGUGCUUCCGGGCCCCCGAGGCCCUAAGGUGGUGCCCCCACACCCGCAUCACAGGAACUGCAUGCGCAGUGAGGGUCUGGAGCUCAGACGCAGAGGCAUCAGGCGGGUUGUGAUGGGGGUCUCCAAAGUCUGCACUGGUCUCGGCCACAUCUUGCGAUGUAUGGGGGGGGUGGGGGGUGGGGAGAGGCGACUGUGGACAGGGAGUGGACCCCAUCGUUCCCAUGGGCUCAGAUGCCUCAUGGCGUCCUUUUCGGUUCCGGGCAGGGCCUCCAGGUGCACGGGUAGGGCUUGCUCCUCCUGGCAGGUGACAUUUGUCCUUUCCAGGCCCGCUUCCAGCCUUUCCCCCCAACCCGUGGUGGCCUGGCCUUCCCCCCCACCCCCCCCCCAACCCGUGGUGGCCUGGCGGAGGUCCCGAGUGGAGGGGUGAAAGGGCCCAGGCACCGUGGUGUCCUUGUCUGGUGGGGGGAAGGUUAACUAGGGACCCUUGGUGACUGCAGGAGGAUGGUGGCCGUUGGUAAGGGAGGAUUUGGAAAUCCAGAACGGAAUCCAACGUUCAGAUGUCAGCGCUGGCCUGGGAAACAGUCUGCAGUUGUCAUUCUUAGCUUUAAGCCGCUUUAAACGAUGCGGGAACGAUUCCCUUGUCCGAGCCCCACUCGCUAACCGGGCGCCCGGGCCAGCGGCACCCCCGCUGGGGUCUCGCCCCGUGGCCCGCGCCCCGACGGAUCAUCAGCACAACCUGCCGUGGGGCCGGCUGGGCGGACGGCUUCUAAGGACUUGCAUGCCAAACGUGUGGUCUUUUUCUUUCUCCAAUGAUUUGUAAUAUGCAUUUUAUGACCGGAAACUUUUUGUACAACACUCCAAUAAACAUUUUGAUUUUAA